UCAGCGUAUGUUCUUCAGUUCUUCCGGUUCAACGUAUAUUUUUCCCGUCACAUGCUUGUUCGCGCAGCUCGCCAUCUCCUGCAGUCCUCCUCUGCCUCCACCGAAGAAGAAGAGCGGUCGUCAGUUGGAGCUCCUAACUCGCCUGCCUCUACCGAAGUUGGAAAACAAGGAAGAAGAGAAAAAGGAAGAGAAACCCAAACCGGAGGAGAAGGAGAAUUUAUCAAUUUCCAGUAGAAAUUUAUGGGUUGGAAAAAGGAGCAAGAAAAUAAUGCGGCUCAAUGCGCUGAAUUUUGGAUUGAGACUUCAAACUCCAUAUCUCACAUCUGCCAAUUUGAUUCUCAUGGUCGCCUCAAGGUUAAGGUUGUCAAUGAUACAAGGCCAUUAAUCCGUAGAAUGGUUGAAUCCUUCCUUAACAAGUUUUUCCCAUCAGGUUAUCCUAAAAGUGUUAAUGAAGGAUACCUAACUUAUACUCAAUUCCGAGCAUUGCAACAUUUUUCAAGUGCUGCAUUGUCUGUUUUGUCGACUCAGUCGCUGCUAAUUGCUGCAGGACUGCGACCCACUCCAGCCCAAGCAACUGCUGUAAGUUGGAUUUUGAAGGAUGGGAUGCAGCAUGCCGGAAAACUCAUAUGUAGUAGUAUGGGAGCAAAAAUGGACUCUGAGCCAAAGAGCUGGAGGAUUUUGGCUGAUGUGCUUUAUGACUUUGGAACUGGCUUGGAGAUUCUUUCUCCAUUAUGUCCCCAACUUUUCCUUGAGUUGGCUGGUUUGGGUAAUUUUGCAAAGGGAAUGGCAGUUGUUGCUGCAAGAGCUACGAGAUUGCCAAUAUAUUCUUCUUUUGUCAAAGAGGGCAAUCUCAGCGAUUUAUUUGCCAAAGGGGAAGCUAUCUCCACCCUUUUCAAUGUUGUUGGAAUGGGUGCAGGUAUUCAAUUAGCUUCCACAGUUUGCUCAACAAUGCAAGGAAAGCUGAUUAUUGCUCCUCUGCUUUCUGCCAUACAUAUCUAUAGUGUCAAAGAAGAAAUGCGGGCAGCUCCAGUGAACACAUUAAAUCCCCAGAGAACCGCCAUGAUUGUUGCUGAUUUCUUAACUACAGGAAGAGUGUCAAGCCCCGCCGACAUUAGAUAUCGAGAAAAUCUUCUGUUUCCAGAUCGAAUCAUAGAGGAAGCUGGAAGUGUCAGCGUGGGAAAGCCAUUUUGCAAAGUGGUAAAAAGCCCUUCAAAUUUUGAACUGCUGAGAGCUUUAUUUCCAGGUGAAAAAUUUCUGAUCCACCGCAAGAAGAAGCACAUUGACAUGAUUCUGGAGAACAGUGCAAGUGGAGAAGAUGCACUGAGAGGGUGGCUGGUGGCUGCCUUUUCUAAAGAAAGAGAGCUUGUCGACUUGUCUGAAGAGGAAGCUAUGAAUGCUGCUUAUAAAAAAAUGGAGAAGAUUUUCCCCUCAUUUCUCUCUGAAGUUAAGUCCAGAGGAUGGUACACUGACCAGUUUUUAGAUGGGAAUGGCAGUCGUUUUGCUUUGUAGUAUUUUGCCGAAGCCUUUGCUCUUGAGACUGAUCAUUGUGAAAGCUUCAAUGUUAUUGUUGAAGGAAUGUAAUGUGGUCUCUUGAUGCAUGUAAGUUUUGAAAUCUCACCAUUUCAGUAUUCCAUUGAGGCAUGCUGAUCACCAUUUUGCUUUGAAAUGUUAAAUUUUGAAAAUUUUAAUGACCGUAAUUCGGGGUGUAAA